AUGAGGGAAGGUUCUGGAGGAAGAGAUACGCUAAGAGAUGGGAGGUCAAGCUGCACAUACGUGGAUGAAGCCAAUUUCUCGGAAUAUGCAACUUCUAAGAAACAGGAGGAUUUGCCUUAUGAUGGGGACUUCUCCCAAAUUCAGCUGUACAAUGAUUACAAUUUUACCUCAAAAUAUGACAUCCUUGAUGUCUCAAAUCAAAUGAAUUUAACAGAAGAUGACCUUCAAGAAAAGACCACACACAGAGAGACUUGCAGAAAGGCAGAUAUGGCCAUGAUUUUGGAUAAAACAACUGAAAAUGCUGUCAGCAAAAAAUAUGAUAAAGAGAAUCAAAGCACCAUAAAUCUUCAUAUUCCAUCUAACCAAGGAAACCCUUCAAAGUCAAACAUUUCUGAUAUUUUACUCCAUCAUCUUUGCAAAGAGGAAUUCUCAAAAGGUCAAGGCAUUAAUUGUGAAACUCUCCCAGAGAUCUCUAAUGCUGACAGUUUUGACGGAGCUAUUAUUAAAAAUAUUAUUUUGCAGCAUGUUAAGAAUUCUUGGCCGACAGAACAAACCUCAGAACUCACUGACCAACUCAACUCCAAAAGCGAUGAUGAAAACAGCAGUAAGCCCAGUUGUUUUCCAACAAUGACAGAAGAAAACACCUCUGAUUUAGAAGAUCCAGUCGCUGCUGGAGAAAGCAGCCAUCAGGAAAAUUCGAAUUUUCUAACUAAAAUCAAGAGUCCAGGUGAUAAAGAAAAAAGUUGCCAAGGGCAGACACCCCAGAAACAGCAGGCUGAAAAAGCAAGUUCAGGCAACAGGUUCAAAUACGGCCAAGGUCAAGUUCAUUACUGGUUCUCUGAUUCCUCUAAGGUUGCUCCUAAAAAUAACAUAAUUGACAAACCACUUACAACUGAUAAACAAGCCAGCUUUUCUCCUAAAUUGAGAGAUAAGUCAGCUAUUGUGCAAGAUAUUUCAGAAAGCAUGUCUAGAUCAAACGAUGUUGAAAAACAAGAGCAGAAAUGGAAAAUUGAAACGUCACAACAGACAGAGAUGGAGCCCACAGUACAUAUCCACCAAGAACAUCUUGCAGGAAUAGAAUCUGAGACAAGUCUCUCUAAGAUGCCAUUGACUUCUCAGAAAGACCCUUCCUCAAGUUCUUCUUACACAUUUCACAAGAUACCCCAAGGGAAACAGAUGUGUCAGAAGUUAAAAGAACAGACUGAUCAACUGAAGACUAAAGUACAAGAAUUUUCCAAAAGCAUAGCACAGGAUUCUCCCUGUCAUUUGCAAGAUAGGAGGCUGGUCCUCGAGAAACUUAAGGUGAGGCUUAAACUGUGUAAGGUGGAAGGGUCAGAAGUAAUCUCCUUCAGAAAAGUAGAAGGUGAAAUCUUCAUGUUGGAGAUGCUACUUGAAGAUUUUAAAGAGAAAAUUAAUAAAGGCAAAUAUACUUCAGCUGUCUCUCUUCCCAUGAGUUCUCAAAUCAACCUGGAUGACUUAUCAUCCACAUCCUCUCCAUCCUCAAAUGAGUUACCCAAGGAGCACCCUGGCCGUCCUGCGUGGCACCGGGGCCGUGUGGAACAUUUUCAAGGGAUAACUCCUGAUGCAGAGGAAGUUGUAGACAAACGAGCCGCCAACGUUGAUGGUGCCUAUAAAUCAGAGUGGAGGAGGCCUGAGAUGGUGAGUUUGGCGCGGUCCGCGCGGCUUGCUGGGCUGUGCCUGAGCAGCCAAGGGGUGAGUCACUUCCUCGGUCACAUCCACAUCUGUGUGUGCUUUGUGGUGCAGGAGAAGCCUAACAAUGCUUCGGGGAGGCAGGACAGUGCGGAGACGACCCGUGCAAGCUGUGCCUUCUGCCACCGGGUCCUUGAAUGGAAGCAAAAAAUGGAGAAAAAAGGCCACAGAGGAAUCAACCGUGAAAGGUUUCCUGCUGCCUUUCAAGACAAGGCACAGCACCCAGACUCAGUUCUCGGUUCUGAUACAGGACUCAGCUGCUAUUCUGCUUCUGGGACUGGACUGCAGGGUAAUAAAUGUGAGAACUGCAGCACUAAGAUUCAUAACUCCCAGAGAGUCUGUGGUAAAGCAUCAUCUAAAGAAUUUCUUUACAUAUUCAACACCCCAGGACAGAAUUUCUUUAAUCACAGCAAAAGAAGUGCCUUUGCCCAGCUCCACUAUUUAAAUGAAAAUAAAAAUUCUUCACCUUCUCAUUCAAAACCAAAAUGGAUCUGUUUCCAGAGUGCAAAUUCAAAAUCCUCUUAUGAUGAAUGUGAACUCAUACCAGGAAAUUCAGGCCUUGCUACACCCUCACCCCAUUCCCACUCCUGCAGGAUUUCUGAAAGCACAUCCUCAAGCAACUUUACCGGUAUGGAAGAAACGGAAUCUGAGAUUUUAAACUCAUCUUUGGAUCAUGCCCUGAGGACAGCAACCAUUUUGAAACAAACUACUGAUCAAAUGAUUAGAACUAUUGCAGAAGAUCUUGCCAAAGUACAGAGAUGGAGGAAUAGACUGAAAUACUAGUUUGACUCAACGCAAACCAAGGAUUAAAAAAAAAUGCAGAGAAAACUUGGUCUUCACCCCCAAAGUAUUUUACUUAUUACACAACUUAUGAAGAUGACUUUCUAGAGAAAACACCAAAACUGCAAGAAAUGGGGGACACAAUGUGCUAAAAUGAAACAAAAAAUGGACCUCUGAUUCUUAAAAAUCAA